AUGUCUGUUCGUAUUUUGGAUAUAAAUUUAUCAGUUUAUUUACAGGCCUGUAUCUGUGCGCGUUUAGCGCUUCUGGCACCUCCUUGUGAAUUUCCGGAACCAUUUGUCCGGACCAUCCUAGUGGCAGCCGCCCAGUAUAACCGCGACCAGAUGAUCGCCGUUCGACUCCCAAAUGCCGAACAUUCGUCGCUUAUUACUGUACACGGGGAUCUUGGAGGAGGAUAUUUUCUUUGCCCACGAACUCACAAUUCAUUCCACUUCGAUCAUAUUAAUCAAACGAUCAGUGAUAUCACUUCUCUCGAGCCCAAUGAUGCAGAGGGUGGCGACAUUUCAUCAGAACCUUGGCGAUCAGCAUNAAUCACUGAGUAUAUAGCCGAGCAUUUCCCCAAGGGUACUGUUUCGGUUUAUGCCCCAUCGGCGAAAAGUGAUGGUAGACGUCUUAUCGCAUCAGCUGGGAUUUUAAUCGAAAAUUUUUCACUUAAUCAGAAACAGGGACAAACCAGCUGUUAUGACAUUGGUCGUCAAUGGUUAGGAUGCGGGGUGUAUUUAAGGAACCUGGCAAAUUCUGUUUGGCAGUCAACUUGGUAA